AUGUCUGGGGAAAUUAUUGCAAAUGAAGCUAGUUCAGCAUUUAGAAAAUUAAAAACUUUACUGGAAGGACAAAGAAAUACUGCAUUGCAAAAGAUAUAUGAUGGUUUGAAAUCUAACAAAGAAGAAAUUUUAAAACAAAACGAAAUCGAUUUAAAGAAUGCAAUUGAUUCAAAAUUGUCUUCAUCAUUGAUAAAAAGAUUAAAUUUGUCUAACCCUGGCAAGUUUGAUUCUAUGUUGCAAGGUAUAUUAGACGUUAAAAAUUUAUCAGAUCCUAUUGGUAAAAUUUCAAUGAGAAGAAAAUUAGACGAAGAAUUAGAAUUAGUUAGAAUUUCAUCUCCAAUCGGUGUUUUGUUAAUUAUAUUUGAAAGUAGACCUGAAGUUAUUGCUAAUAUCACUGCUUUGGCUAUUAAAUCUGGAAAUUGUGCAAUUUUAAAAGGUGGUAAGGAAUCAAUUGAAACUUUUAAAAUUUUAUCACAAAUAAUUAAUCAAAUAUUGGACAAGGAAACGAAUGUUCCUUCUAAUUCAAUAAAAUUGAUAGAAACAAGACAAGAUGUGAAUGAAUUGUUGAACCAAGAUAAGUAUAUUGAUCUUGUAAUUCCAAGAGGCUCAAAUGAAUUAGUUCGAUUUAUAAAAGAAAAUACAAAAAUUCCAGUCCUUGGUCAUGCUGAUGGUAUAUGUUCAAUUUAUGUUGACGAUGAAUUUGAUAUUGAAAAAGCAAAGAAAAUUAUAAUUGAUUCAAAGACAAACUAUCCAGCUGGUUGUAAUGCAGUUGAACAAUUAUUAAUAAAUAAAAACAUUUCAAAACAAACAAUCCAAGAUUUACUUCAGUCAUUAGAGAAUGCAAAGAUUAGCUUACACGUAACCCCAGAAUUAAAAUUUUCGGAAUCAUACAAAGAAGUCGAAGGAGAUUCUUUUGAUAAAGAAUAUUUAUCAUUAGACUUAUCAGUGAAAUUGGUAGAUUCAUUAAAUGAUGCAAUUUUACAUAUUAAUGAACACUCAUCGAAACAUACAGACUGUAUAAUUACUGAAAAUAAAGAAAAAGCUGAAUUAUUUCUCAAAUCAAUUGAUUCAGCAGGUAUUUAUUGGAAUGCAAGUACAAGAUUUGCAGAUGGUUUUAGAUAUGGAUUUGGUACUGAAGUUGGUAUAUCAACAAAUAAAAUUCAUGCAAGAGGACCAGUUGGAUUAGAUGGAUUAAUGAGUUACCAAUACCAAUUACGAGGAAAUGGUCACAUAGUUGGUGAUUACAUUGGCGGAGGUGGUAAGAAAUUAUUUAUUCAUGAAGAUAUAUAA